CCGAAAAUUGCUGUGACCGCGUAAACGCAUGCAGCGUCACACACACGUGGAGGGAGAACGAGACAAAGCCUUCUGCAUCACUUAGCCGACAGCUUCUGCUGUAUGGCCAGUAGGCUCUUCUGUCGGUUGUCCUUCUCUCGCUGGAGAGCCUUCUCUUUGGCCUCCUUGAGAUUGGCACCGAACGGGGGCUUCAGGGUGCCCUCCUGCACACACACAGGCAGAGGCACACACGAAGGGACAUACAUGCGUAGUCGAAGCGGACUCUCUCUGUUGCUGUUGACCUCAGUGAUGAUGCCCGUGAGGAAACGGGCGGGCGUGACAUCUGAACAGCAUGCAACGUGGGAUCAUUGUGUGUGUCCUUCCCUGUCUUGCAUCCCCGCCUGAGAGCCUCACCGAAAGCAGGGUUGAACACCUGUGUCCCAUCAGGGGCGAUCGACGCACCGCCACUCACCUGCACGAAGCAACAACCCGACAGAAGCGGCCAAGGCCAUGCAUGUCACCGGUGUACCAUGUUGUUCUGUCUGUCUAUCAGGUUGGGACACAUACACGGAGUCACAUACACGGAGUAUUUCGUCGGAGCUCCUCUCCUCGAUGACGAUGUCUUGGCCUGUCGGUAUGGUGAGGUCGAUGGUGGAGGUCGGCACACACGCGUACACCGGGAUGCCGUGUGCAUGCGCCGCCAUCGCCAGAUUGAACGUCCCUGCGUACAGUACACCCACACGUCCACACACACCACCCCCAUGUUCUUGCUUUGCUCCCUCAAUGUAAUGUGCUGCCAGGCUGCCAUAUAUGUGUAGGUAGUUACCGAUUUUGUUAGCGACGUCUCCAUUGGCGGCCACCCUGUCGGCACCGAAGACGACGGCAUCGACCUUGCCCUGGUACAUGAGGAGGCCGCUCGCACCAUCCACGAUCAGGUGGUGGGGGAUCCUGCUCUCACGCAACUCCCAGCAUGUCAACUUGGCCCCCUGCACACAUUUACAAAUAAGAGAGAUAUAUAUGCACUCCCUCAAAAGAGGCAGGCGUGUGAUGUGACUGAUGCGAGUGGAGUCCACCUGCAGCCGCGGCCUGGUCUCGUCCACAUACACAUGGAGGUUCUUGCCGGCCUGGCUGAGGCUGAAGAUCACACCGAGGGCGGUGCCGUGGCCUGCCGUCGCCAGAGCGCCCGUGUUGCAGUGGUGGAUCAGAUUCAGCCGCUCAGCAGGCCCGUUGGUGGCGGUCGCGCCCUCUGUCUUGGCCGCCUUGGACGCCCGCAUGGGUGCGACAUCCUGGUCGAUGGUGGCGACGCCGUGAGAGCCGAGCCUCUUGUUGUUCUCGACGUCCUCGUUGAAGAUGCGCUGCGCCUCAUCCACAAUGCACUCGCUGAUCAGUGCCGCACUUGCAUCCUCACGACUGAGCAGCGGAAGGGCAUACACACAUAUACUAGGUGGCAUGCGUCGGCGUGCCUGUCUGUCUGUAUCCUUACAUGUUGAGGAUGGUGUCGACGACCUCGACGAUACGGGCGGUGGCGUACAUCAGAUUGACCGCCGUGGGGCGAGCCUCGUCCAUCGCUGACACAUACACACACACCAAGCGAAGCCAUCCGUCCCUUGCCGUGCCGUGUCUGCAUGCUACCUCUCACCCUUCUUGGUGUCUUGCAGUUUGUCUUUGAGUGUACUGCCGCUGACUGAUGGCUCCUCCUUGGCAAUCAAAAGACACUCGAGAGCCAUUCCUGACGGCAACAGCCACGGCAGGUCGGUGACAAUGCACUGCCAUCAGUGUCUGUGUGCCUACCGUAUGCGGCAGCGCAACCGAUGGCAGGCGCGCCGCGGACCUUCAUCGAACGAAUCGACUCGGCCACCUGCAGCACACCACGCAGAGGUGGAUGCACACACAUGGAUGAACAAUCAAUCUCACCUCCUUUGCAUUGUGGAGAUCCACGUAGGAGACCGAUGCCGGCAGAUCACUCUGGUCCAGCAGCUGCAGACGCGCACUGUCGCCCUGCCCCACACACGCAACACACGGUGUGAGAUCUGCGUCAGUUGAUCUGCCAUCGUCUAUGACUCACCUUUUGGAUCCAUUUCAUCGUGAACACCUCAUCCUCUCCUUUGCCGUUCAUCGUUGGGGAUGGAGAAGGGAGGAU